CUAUUUUGUCCGUUCACACAGCCACCGCCACAGGACCGUGUAUUUUCCUCCUCACCUCCACUACAGUUACUUGGACCUUAAAUAAAAACCGCCAAGAUGAACCCCAAUCUCUAUCCUCCUCCCUCCUACCAGUGCUACACUCUGCGCCUCACCAGCACUCAUUAUGCCUUCCACUGUCUUGCCGUCUAGAGGACAAUGCAUCCAACUCUCUGACAACUUUCAGCACUGUCAGUGCCUAUGGUUCUUCCCUCCUGUGUCCCCCCUGCUAGAUCAGAACAUCUGCGGUCUCUGUGGACACGGUAUUCAUGCGCAUGCAGACUAUGUUUCGACCGUCGUUAAUCGUUGCCCCGCGAAUCAAUGCGCCGCGUAUGUUCAAAAGGCACGCUGCUCUCCGCUCCGAGCGACGACUCUAACACAGCUCUGCACCUGUGGAGCGCCAUUUUUCGAGCACAUCGCUACCGAUAACUCCGAGUAUUAUUUGCGAGAGCCAUGGACUGUUUCGGACUAUUUCAGUGCAGACGGUAAUGGCUCUUCCACCUCGGACAGCUAUACCUACGACCGCAACAGUUCAUCCGACCCGAACACCAGUUCCAUUCCUUCCACUGAUUACAACGGCACCAUUUCUUUUGGCGACGCAAGGAGCAUUCCCUUCACUCCUGAACCCAUUUACUCGGAAAAUUACUCGGGUUAUGCUAACAGCACGGUCAUCUCAUCCGGUACUCAACCCGAUACCACCCAGACCCCGGGAGGUUAUAGCUCAAAUGGCCCCUUCGCUCAGUAUCCGAACCAUGUCGUUGACUCACCCUAUGAUCAUCAGCCAGAGGGUAGCGCGACGAAUGGGAGUUUCGAAUACCAGGGUUAUGGGAAUGCGAUAUACGCUGAAACCCCUGGAGCCUGGUCGGGUCCAUACGGUGCUUGAUCCAUAGCAACUUCUUAAUUCUUGUCAUCUUCCUUUCCCUCCUCCCACUUAUCGUCGCGAUCGCUUCUUCUAUUCCUCAUUCAUCAUGCUCACUAUUCCUACGUCAUUGAUUCUCGAUCCCAGUGCCAUUGCUGGUGUUCGAUUCUACGCACUCCGCUCGGAUAUUCUCUCGUCAGUCGUCAUUGCGACGCGGUGCCUCAACCUUUAAUAUCCUCGGUUUCGUUAUGCUCAGUUUGAUGCUUUUUUCCUUCGCGCUACGUUUCUUCUUUUUCGUUUUCUCUGUUGUAUUUGCCAUCAGUUCUACCAGGAUAUAAAUGUUUUGCUAUCGUUGUUUUCGGCUCCGGCCUAUGAUAUAUC